AUGCGAUUGCGUCUAACUAGUACAAUAUGUCAAACAACAAAAUGCAAACGAGGACUCUCAUCAUCAAUUGCCGUGCGCAAAUACCACAGUCUACCGUCCGUUCAAACAAUCAACUCCUCUUUUGACGAUGUCAACCUCGAUGAAUUCAGACAAGAAGCCUUCAUUCCCAUGAAGCCUAUAUUCAUGAAAUCCGUGGAAGACAAAUUAUCGACGAUCUCAGGGAGUGAAAAGUCUUUGAAUGUAGUUGCGAAAUGGUUCGAGCACGUUCCUUCGUCACAAUUUGCAAAAGUGCUUCCACCUGCUGAGACUAGCACUCUUCUGCCAUCGCAAUAUCUCCAUAGCUUCGCAGACACUGUCCUCCCUUACGAAUUGACAGUCGACUCUGGCGCCUUGCGGAAGCGACUCGAGCGGCUUAUGCAGCCCAGCAAUACAUACCACAUGCUGUUUUCGGAGCAAUUACGCCAAUCACUAGAGCCUUACGAUUCCAAAAAGUCAUUCUAUCAUUUCUACGCACCAUUUUCUCUAUUUCUAGCAGCCACUCAUCCGGCAUACUCUCUCCCGCUCUACAUUGCACAGGCUCAAAUAGCGGAUCUGCCGACAGAAUUACAACGAGACUUGCCUACACCCAAAUUGGUGAAAGAAGCUGGGAAAGGCGAUGUUUACGAUGCUAAUAUAUGGAUGGGUAUAUCAACAAGUUAUACACCAUUACACAAAGAUCCUAAUCCGAAUCUCUUCAUACAGUUGGUGAGCAAGAAAAGAGUCCGAUUAUUUCCACCAGCAGUUGGUGUGGGGAUAUAUCAUAAUGUACAACAAAGUAUUGGUGCAUCGGGAAUUGCCAGCAUGAGAGGUGAGGAGAUGAUGGAAGGUCCAGAAAGAUCUCUGCUUGAGGAUCGUAUUUGGGGAGAAAAGGUCACAGACCAGGGUUUCGAGGUAGAGGUCGGCCCCGGGGAUGCGUUGUUCAUACCAAAAGGAUGGUGGCAUAGCAUAAGAAGUUCAGAGAGUGGAAUUAACGUAUCGGUAAAUUGGUGGUUCAGGUGA